GUAACACCGCCCCUCCGUCGGGUCUCCAGUGAUCAGAGUGAGUCGCUGUCCAGCAGUCUGUAGUGCUGAAAUCUCAGCUCGUUCUCAUAACAAUGGAACGGCAAUGAGACAAAGGACCUGCAGACCACGAAAAACGCCAUUGCAAUGGAUGAUGACCUAUUCCAGCUGAGACAGCUGCCCGUGGUGAAGUUCCGGCGCACAGGCGAGAGCGCACGCUCCGAGGAUGAGGCUGUGUGCGGAGAACACGAGAUUCGGAUCGAGGGGGUCCGCCGGGACUUGGAGCCCGUGGAGCUGGCGGGUGGAACCGCAGUGCCUAAGGAGUUUGCAAACCCCACCGAUGAUACAUUUCUGGUGGAAGAUGCAGUGGAAGCCAUUGGCUUUGGGAAAUUCCAGUGGAAACUCUCCAUUCUCACUGGAUUGGCAUGGAUGGCCGAUGCCAUGGAGAUGAUGAUUCUCAGUAUUCUAGCCCCGCAAUUGCACUGUGAGUGGAGGUUACCCAGUUGGCAAGUUGCACUUCUCACGUCGGUAGUGUUUAUUGGCAUGAUGCUUAGCUCAUCGUUAUGGGGGAACAUAUCUGACCAGUAUGGAAGAAAAACCGGCCUGAAGGUCAGUGUGUUGUGGACUCUGUUCUAUGGAGUGCUCAGUGCGUUCGCUCCGGUGUACGGCUGGAUUCUGUUUCUAAGAGGACUGGUGGGAAUUGGGAUCGGAGGCGUUCCACAGUCGGUAACACUCUAUGCGGAAUUCCUGCCAAUGAGAUCCAGAGCCAAGUGCAUUUUACUGAUAGAGGUGUUCUGGGCACUGGGCACCGUGUUCGAGGUGCUCCUGGCUAUCAUGGUGAUGCCUACGCUGGGCUGGCGCUGGCUGCUCCUCCUCUCCACUUUGCCCCUCAUGAUCUUCAGUGUCCUGUGCUUUUGGCUGCCGGAGAGCGCGAGGUACGACGUCCUAACUGGGAACCAGGAGAAAGCUCUGGCCACAUUGAAACGCAUCGCCAAGGAGAAUGGAGUCCCCAUGCCACUGGGGAAGCUUACUGUGGCCAGGCAGGAGGACCGUGGAAAGAUUCGGGACCUCUUCUCUCCCCAGUUCCGCUGGACCACUGUCCUCCUGUGGUUUAUCUGGUUCUCCAACGCAUUCUCUUAUUAUGGGUUAGUGUUACUGACCACAGAGCUGUUCCAAGCAGGGGAUGUGUGCAGUGUUUCAAAAGGCAGACGGACCAUGGAACCCAGGUGUAGCCUUGAAUGUAAAUACCUGACCGAGAAUGACUACAAAGACCUCCUGUGGACCACCUUAUCUGAAUUCCCAGGCGUGCUGGUUACUCUCUGGGUUAUCGACCGGAUCGGACGGAAGAAGACCAUGGCCCUCUCCUUCAUCAUCUUCUCACUCUGCAUCCUGCUGCUGCUGGCCUGCGUUGGAAGGACGGCGCUCACGGUUUUCCUCUUCAUUGCCAGAGCUUUCAUUUCAGGCGGAUUCCAGGCUGCUUAUGUAUACACCCCAGAGGUGUACCCCACAACUACCAGGGCUCUGGGUUUAGGGACCUGCAGUGGCAUGGCCAGGGUGGGUGCUCUCCUCACCCCCUUUAUUGCACAGGUGAUGCUGGAGUCUUCGGUCUACCUGACGCUCUCUGUGUAUUGCUGCUGCUCCAUCCUAGCUGCCAUCGCCUCCUGCGCCUUGCCAAUCGAGACCACGGGCCGUGGUCUGCAGGAGUCCAGCCACAGGCAGUGGGGUCAGGAGAUGGUGGGGCGUGCGUCCCACAGUUCAGAGAGGAUCCCCCGCUCCAGCUCGGGGUCACAGAAUUGACGGGGGCUGCAGGAUUGGUCAGAACCCCCGGAACACCAUUUGGGCUGGUCUUUACUAGUCUGUACAUAGAAGUGUUGGGUUUAAGAAGGAUGCCUGCCUGUACAAUGUGUUUGUAUGAUAAGAUAUUGUUACUGUAAUGACCUUACAAAAUGUGAGUUCUAUCAAGACGUGCAAGCAACACAGCAGAUUUAGUGUCUCCUAAAGUCAUAUUAAUGUACGUGAACAGCUUAGGCCAUCAAUUAUUUUUCCACAACAGUCCAUCUUAAAAGCUCACAGCUCAUUUCAGGACAAAGGGUGGGGUCUAUUGGUACAGAAAGUGUGUGACGGAGGCCAAAGAGGUGCUUUAGUAACUAAGUGGCUGCUUCAGAUCCAGUUAAGACCUGUACUGGUUUUAAUCUAGUAUUUUCUCACUGGUCAGGGUGGUACUCAUUUAGCUCUGUAUGAUCAGUGUCAUGAUCCCAGCCCUCCAAUCAUCAAACUGUACGGCCAGCUAGCUCUGAAGCUUUAGUGAAGAAUCUGCGAUUGAUUCUCACCACUUUCUUUUGCUGCCUCCUGUGCAGAUUGAAUUUGAAUAUGCUACAUAUUUGCAUUCGCAUACCCGGUUUCAAUUAUCAACGGGGGUAUCACAACGUGUACUGCAAGCUCUUCCUUCCCAAACGCUGCUGCAGUUACUGAAACAGAAGCAAACCUCCCUGUGGCUUCUCUGCAGCAAUACAAUGUUCACAGUGGAUGUCCUCAAAAGACAGCUUGUGACUUUGUUAGUAAUGCCCCAGCUGAGUAACAAUCCAGGCUUGGUGAAUGAAUAUGUCAAAACAAAAAGCAGUUAUGUGAAAUUUGCUACAGCAGCUGCAGCUGUAUGCUGGAGGCCCAAGAGCAAAUAAUGAGAAUAUUGUCCACAUGAACAAAGAAUGUAACGUGCACAUAUACAGAAUAUUAGACUAAGCAAAUAUCAUCAUUGUUAGAAGUUUGCCCAACAUAUCUGACAGCUAGGUUAAAACCUGGGCUCUACUGUCCAAAACAUUUACUUGUAAAAGGCUCAGGCGCUUUGUGUGUAAGGGGAUUGGAUUCCCAUGCUGAACAGAGCUCUUGAGACAGUCAGCCACAGAGCACAGGUUUGCAAGUGGGUUCUUUAAGGUGACAUCAGUAAUGCUUAAUGAAGAAUCCUCAAUGCAAACUGAACAAGAACAGAGACAGGACUCAAGAGGAAACCAUGUCAUAGUGUGCUAGUAUUGGCACAGUCUGCUAGCAAAACAUGUUACGUAACAUGCCCUCUUGAGCACUGGUAUGUGCUAUAAUACAUUGUGGAUGGAAACAAUUACUGUACUUACAACUGUGAUAAAAAUGUAAAGAUGUAUUUAAACAUGCACGGGCUGGCUCUCAGAGCGCCCACGCUCCAUUUUAAACAGCUCCUGUCCCUAAGAUGGAGACAUCGUGCAACAAGUUAGACAAGGUGAUCUGUGAAGUCCUGCACUCUCUCUCUCUCUCUCUCAUGCCUGCCUUUCGCAAUUCAUUAAGUGUCUCUGUACAGGUUCCUGCCAGUGCACUGUAUGUAAAUGUGUAUGAUACAAUAAAUGAUGUUUAAAAAGUC